AUGGCGCCUCUCAAGUUGUAUUACUACCCUCCAUGCCCACCAUAUAGGGCAGUUCUCUUUGCCAUUGAGAAUCUCAAGAUUGAGGUGGAGAAGAUUCAGGUGGAUCUGUCGAAGGAGGAGCAAUUGAAACCUGAAUUCCUUAAAAUUAACCCUCAACAUUGCUUGCCAACAAUCGACGACGACGGAUACAUUAUGUGGGAGUCUCGUGCGAUUUUGGCAUACUUGGUCAACUCAAGAGCUCCUGGCAGUUCAUUCUAUCCGCUGGAUCCCAAGAAGAGAGGCCUAAUUGAUUCUCGAUUGAGUCUGGAUUCGAGCAUUAUGAACGCCUUGGGGAAUAUUAUUACUGGAAUCUACUGUGGAGAGACAACAAUUCCCCAGAAUAAGAAGGACAAGGUUUACACUCUGCUGAACCACCUCAAUAAUUUCAUUGAGGGCAAAAAGUACAUCGCUGGCGACGAAAUCACUAUUGCUGACUUUGCAUUUUUGUCCACUUUUUCCUCACUGAAGAUUGUUGGUGCUAAUGUUGCCAAGUACAAGAACUUGGUGGAUUGGUACAAGAGAUGCGAAUCAGUACCUGGAUUUGAGGAGAAUGAGGAAAGAGCGAGAGCUCUGAUUAAGUACAUCUCAAGCAAAAGUGGAUUCAAGGGAGAGCCGUGGGAUCAAUAGAACACUCUGUGCUGAAUAAAACUUCUCCUGUACUCCGAGUCGUCGAAUGCCUUGCCUCUUCACAUGUUGGCUUCCAAGCAGGGGAAAACCAUAGCAACGGGCUUUUCAAAUGCCCCCUCCUUC